UCGUUCCUCUACGGCUGCGCAUCAACCCUAGCAACAACAACGCCAUCGUUCGGUGGAUACACGUUAUUUGUCUGAAUUUAUUUGUGUAUUCACUGAAUUGGUAUAUUAACCAUCAGUCAAAAUGCCACCAAAACAACCAGCAAAGGGGAAACAGGCUGGUGGAAUGAGUGAUAUCAUGGCUCGCAGAAGGACCAGGAUUAAGGAUGGAGAUGACAUGACAGAUAUAGGAGAUGGUACUGAGGCUGAAGACUGGAUGCAGCACAAGAAUCUAGUCAAACCUGAGGACCAGCUGGAUUUAAAUGAAGGACAACUGAAGGAAGAGUUCACCAGAAUUCUAACUGCCAACAAUCCACAUGCACCACAGAAUAUUGUUAGAUACAGCUUCAAGGAAAGGCAGUAUAAACAGACUUCAAGUGUUGAUCAGUUAGCCAUUCAUUUUGCCCUAGAUGGCAACAUGAUUCAUAAAGAAUCAGAUGAAGCUAAAAGACAAAGAGCAAGACUUGGAAUUCCAGAAGCUGUACCAAGUGAACAUGCUGGAAGUGAAGGAGGGGAGGCAACUCCAGCAGCAGGAGCAGCAGAGGGGGAAGAACAAGCAAAAGAAGAAGCUGCUGAAGAAGCUAAGGAUGGGGCGGCUACUCCAGCUCCAGGUGAAGGGGAAUCUUCUGCAUCAAAAAAGUUGACUAACCAGUUCAACUAUAGUGAAAGAGCUUCACAAACAUACAACAAUCCAUACAGGGAAAGGGGAACUGCCACUGAGCCACCACCAAGAGCCACAUUUUCUGGUAAUGUUACACAGUGGGAUAUAUUUGAUGCAUACCAAGAAGACUUUGAAAAACAAGAGAAGAGCAAAGAGAAGAAAGUUGUACCUGGUAGGAGGGAGGAGGAGAAAACAAGGAAGAAGUUAACAAUUACUGAAACUCAGGGAGAAGAUAUAUCUCGAUUGAAUAAAGCAUCUAAGAUUGUUGAAAGAAUGGUCAACCAGAAUACAUUUGAUGAUAUUGCACAAGAUUUCAAGUACUGGGAAGAUCCAUCAGAUGAAUACAGAGAGAAUGAGGGAACACUGUUACCUCUGUGGAGAUUUACCUACGAGAAAGCAAAGAAGUUGGCAGUCACCUCACUCUGUUGGAAUCCAAAAUACAAGGACUUAUUUGCUGUUUCUUUUGGCUCUUAUGAUUUCAUGAAACAAGGAAACGGUAUGAUCUUGUUCAACAGUAUGAAGAACCCCUCCUUCCCUGAAUUUGUUUAUGAAACAGACAGUGGUGUAAUGUGUUUAGACUUACAUCCAGAACACCCCUAUCUGAUAGCAGUUGGAUUUUACGAUGGUAGUGUAGGCAUCUUCAAUGUGGAGAGAAAAGAACCUGUUCAUAGAUGUACUGCUAAAAAUGGUAAACAUACAGACCCUGUCUGGCAGGUACGCUGGCAGGCAGAUGACUUAGAAAACAAUCACAAUUUUUACUCUGUGUCUUCAGACGGAAGAAUUGUACACUGGACUAUAAUCAAGAACGAGCUGACAUACCAGGAUGUAAUCUGUUUAACUUUACCUGAUACCACUGCUGAGGGUCCUGAUGGUACAAAAGUUAAUACUGUUGGUUGUGGUACAGCCUUCGACUUCCAUAAAAAGAAUGAUUACUUGUUUUUGGUGGGAACUGAGGAGGGCAAGAUCCACAUGUGUUCUAAAGCCUAUACCAGUCAGUUCCUUGAUUCAGUGGAUGCCCACAAUAUGGCUGUAUAUAAAGUACGAUGGAAUCCAUACCAUCCAAAUAUUUAUGUUACCUGUAGUGCUGAUUGGACGGUCAAAAUAUGGGAGAUGAGCAGUAAAACUAGCAUAGAUAAAUCAGAUACUUCUAAUGAUGCUAAUUCAAGAAAACCAUUAUUUACUUUUGAUUUGAACAACUCUGUUGGUGAUGUAGCCUGGUCUCCAUACUCCUCUACUGUUUUUGCUGCUGUUACUGCUGAUGGAAAAGUGUUCAUAUAUGACUUGCAUAUCAAUAAAUAUGAACCAUUAUGUGAACAAAUGGUAGCUCAGAAAAAGAAGACCAAAUUAACGCAUAUAGAAUUUAAUCCAGUUUAUCCAAUGGUUAUAGUUGGAGAUGAUAGAGGAAACGUAACGAGCUUGAAAUUGUCACCAAAUUUGAGAAAAAUGCCAAAGGAAAAGAAAGGAGCACCACCAAUGGAUCCAAAACAGAAAGAAGAAAAUGAAAUCGCCAAAUUAGAAAAACUGCUUUCUAUGGUGAGAGAACCACCAGUAGAUUCAGUCAAAAAGUAAAUACAGUGAUCGAGACUUUAAAAAUAAGAAAUGAACCCAAAAUGACACCCGUCCAGUGAAUAUGACAUUUCACUUAUUUAGAAGGAAAAAAAGCAUGUUAUAAACUUUAUGAUUGUUAUUGACUUUUUGUUUGUUUUAAAUGUUUGAAUGACUGCUUGAAUUAUGAAAAUGUGAGCAAAUGUGAUAACUAUUUAAUUGAUGCAUUUUUUACUCUUAUGUGUAUUAACUUUACAAAACUGUUCAUACAUGUACAAUGUAUUAUGAAAGAAUUAUAAAUUUAUUAAAUUAUUUUGAUAUUUAUCAAA